AUGGCACCGUCGACUCCUCAACCAGUGAGAACAUCUGGUGCACCGUUGCCCGCCGGAAAGAAGCGCUUGAAGCAAGCUACAUUAAUGUCGUUCUUUAAAAAGACCGCUGCCACUGCACUCCAGGCUUCACCGGAUAUCCAAAAGGGCAAUGGUAAGUAUCCUGUGAGCCCGCAAAGCUCUACUCCUAGCAAGGUAAAGGAAUCCAAAUUAUUUGUGAGUAUGGAUGAUGAUGCAAAUGAUGCAAAUGAUACUACGUAUUUGACGGCUAAUGACGGUGAUUCUAGGGUUGACCUUGGCACCUCAAAGGAAGCUACAACUCUGACUGAAGAUAGCCCAAGUUCUGAUUCUGUGAGGUUGACAACUAGUGUUUUAGGAAAUAAGAGGGGGUUUGAUAAUGAAUUUGUGCAUUCUGCAUCAGGGUCUAUGAGGCAUAAAAAACCGGUUUCUUACGUGGAUGAGAGCGAUGAAGAGGAUGAUGUUUCCCCUGGGAAAUCUGGAAGUGCCAUGAAACGCGCCCGUACCCGUACUCGUGUAGCUCUAAGUGGUGAUAGUGAGGAGGAUGAAUAUGUUCCAGCUAAGGAUGAAUCCCAUGCGGAUGAGCAUAGUGAUUACCUUGAAGACAAUGAAGAUGAUGCUGACAUUUUUGAAUUUGUAUCCAAACCACGUACUCCGGCGAAAUCAGUUCAGUCCAGAGCUGGGGUUCUGAAGAUAAACAGAGAACAGAAGAAUAGGUCGCUAAAGUCUACAAGCAAAAUGGAGAUCACGGCGUCAUCUGACAAGCAUACCAAUUUUAAUAAAAAUAACGAGCAGCGUUACCAAUGGUUAGUCAAUGAGCGAGAUGCCGCUGGUCACCAACCUUCUGAUUCAGAUUAUGAUCCAAGAUCAUUGUAUGUCCCUCCUGAAGCAUGGGCGAAGUUCACCCCUUUUGAAAAGCAGUACUGGCAAAUUAAGUCUAAAAUGUGGGAUUGCAUUGUUUUCUUUAAGAAAGGCAAGUUUUUUGAACUUUAUGAAAAGGAUGCACAUUUGGCAAACCAAUUGUUUGAUUUAAAGAUCGCUGGAGGCGGUAGGGCUAACAUGCAGUUAGCCGGUAUUCCAGAGAUGUCCUUUGAGUAUUGGGCUUCCCAAUUUAUCCAAAAUGGAUACAAAGUAGCCAAAGUAGACCAAAAAGAGUCCAUGCUAGCAAAAGAAAUGAGGGAAGGUAACAAAGGUAUUGUUGAAAGAGAAUUGCAGUGCGUUCUAACUUCUGGAACAUUAACUGAGAGUGGCAUGCUUCAAACAGACUUAGCCACAUACUGUAUGGCUAUUAGAGAGGAGCCAAUUGAUUACUACAAUCUUGAUUGUCACAAUCAUUCCUCUACAGAAAAAAAUUCAACUGGAAAAUAUUUUGGUGUCUCCAUCAUUGAUACCGCUACUGGGCAUAUAAAGAUGUUGGAGUUUGAAGAUGAUAAUGAAUGUAGUCAGUUGGACACAUUAGUGGCCCAGGUGAAACCAAAAGAGGUGAUUAUUGAAAGAAAAAACCUGUCUACUCUAGCGCACAAGAUAGUGAAAUUCAAUGUGCAGCCUGAUGCAAUAUUUAAUUAUCGUACUCCAGAAGAAUUUUAUGACUUCAAUCGAACCUAUGAUGAAAUUGUGACUCACGGAUACUUCCCGAACAUGGAAAGUUGGCCCCAGGUGCUUCAGGAGUAUUACAAUAAGGGCAAAAAGGUGGGGUUUCAUGCUUUUGGUGGCUUGCUUUCUUAUUUACAAUGGUUAAAGUUGGAUUUGUCGCUGGUAACUAUGGGUCAAAUAGAGCAGUAUGAUCAUACUAAGUCACAAGGAUUUCUAUGUCUUGAUGGAAUAACCCUACAGAACUUGGAGAUAUUUGCAAAUUCCUUUGAUGGAAGUGAUAAAGGGACAUUGUUUAAACUGUUAAACCAUGCCAUAACACCUAUGGGCAAAAGAGCGAUCAGAAACUGGGUAAUGCAUCCACUGUUAAAUAAACAGCAUAUUGAUGAAAGAUUAGAUUCUGUAGACCAAUUAUUGAGUGAUAUGGAUAUUAGAGGCAUUAUAGAAAGUGCCUUUAUAGGGCUUCCAGAUUUAGAAAGACUGUUAUCACGUAUCCAUUCAAAUACACUCAAAAUUUCAGAAUUUGAUAAAGUGAUAACUGGGUUUGAAACAGUGUCAAAACUUGUUCAAGACCUGAAUAAGUACGAGUUAAAGGGAUCUUUAUUGAAGUUUCUCAAAGAAAUCCCUAUUACUCUGGAAGGAGAUAUAAAUACCUGGAAUAAGGUAUAUGAUCGUAAUAAAGCCGUUCACGAAGGGGCUCUAAUCCCAAAUAAAGGAGUGGAGCAGGAGUUUGAUAAAUCCAUUGACAGAAUUAACGAACUUGAAAACGAAUUUUCCUCCAUGCUCAGAGAGUAUAAAAAGGAAUUGAAAUGCUCGAGCAUUCAAUACAAGGAUUCAGGUAAGGAAAUUUAUACAAUUGAAAUUCCAAUAUCUGUAUGUAAAAAUGUACCCUCUAAUUGGACUCAGAUGGGUUCUAACAAAUCCACUAAAAGAUAUUAUUCGCCAACAGUUCAAAAGAUGGCUAGGGCUAUGGCAGAGGCUCGUGAACAUCAUAAAAUAUUGGAAGAGGGACUCAAAGGUAAACUUUAUCAAAAGUUUGAUAUGAAAUAUUCUACUGUUUGGCUUCCAACUAUCAGAUCAAUAUCUAACAUCGACUGCAUCUUGUCUCUCUCGCGUGCGUCCGAAGGGUUAGGAUUUCCAGCUUGUAGACCUGUGUUUCAUGAUAGUACAGACACGAAAACUGGUCAUAAAUCAAAUGGGUUUCUCUCAUUCAAGCAAUUGAGACAUCCGUGUUUUAAUAUGGGUGCUACGGCUGCAACGGAUUUCAUCCCUAAUGAUGUUACCUUAGGACGCGAUACAGCCCAAUUAGCCUUGCUGACAGGCGCAAAUGCUGCUGGGAAAUCAACUGUCUUGAGGAUGACAUGUGUUGCCGUUAUUAUGGCCCAACUGGGGUGUUACGUACCUUGCGAAGUUGCUGAACUAACACCUGUAGAUCGAAUUAUGACUAGAAUAGGCGCUAACGAUAACAUUAUGCAAGGGAAAUCAACAUUUUUCGUAGAACUGAGUGAAACCAAAAAAAUCUUAGAUAUGGCAACUAAUAGGUCUUUGUUGGUUUUGGAUGAACUAGGCAGAGGUGGUUCUUCUAAUGAUGGAUUUGCGAUUGCGGAGGGUGUGUUCCAUCACAUUGCGACCCACGUCCAAAGCUUAGGAUUUUUCGCCACACAUUAUGGAACACUGGGCCAAAGCUUCAGCCAUCAUCCUAUGAUAAAACCAUUAAAAAUGUCUAUAUUGGUUGAUGAAGCUUCUAGGAAUGUCACAUUCUUGUACAAGUUGAUUGAAGGCCAGAGUGAAGGCUCCUUCGGAAUGCAUGUUGCAUCUAUGUGCGGUAUACCAAGGCAAAUCGUUGACCGUGCGGAGAAGACCGCCGACACUUUGGAACAUACACUUAGAAUAAUGAGAGAACAUAAGAAAUAUGUCAAAGGCAGUAAUGUUAUGCCAUUAGGUUUGCAAAGUGACUUCGUUAGACUUAAUUUUGGUGAUGGAUUAAAUAAUUCAGUCAAAGGCUCUGGUGAAGGUGUAAAUAUUUACGACACCAAUAUCAAGGCACAUGUCUUGUCAAGCAUCAUAUCCAUGAUUGAUGGGUUGAGCAAAGACUGA